AUGGCGUCCGAGAACGACUCGUAUCGAGCCAGGAAACACAAAGCGAUGCUAGCGCCCUUCCCGUACCUAACACAAUACAACCUGAUAGACAUAAUCGACGGUGUCGAAAGACUGGACGGAAUGGCGGAUUUCGUGCCAUUCAAAAAAGAGGGGUUCGAAACAGUCGCGAUUUACUUAGUGAAGAAAGCAUACCCUAAUUUGCCUGAGACCCUGGUUGAACAACUAGGCCACUCUAUCGCAGUGCGACGUCUUCGCCUGCUCCGUCAAAAGGAACAUGGGGAGGAACUUGCUUCUCGAGAAGACCAAGACCACGAAGCACAAGCCGUGCCUGAUGAACGCGCGAAGAUCAUUGCGCAGUCUCAAGAUGAGAUGGCGGGCGUCUUCAACAAUUUGACUGUUGCUGACCAUCCAGCCUUGGAACCAACACAGCGACCAGACGGUGCUUCAAACCAGCCGACAGUCGAGUCUGGGUCAAAUGCAAAAUCCUCGGAAGCCGAAUUGUACCGGUACCCGAGACCACCUCAGCCAUCAAGAGGCUCCGAUUACUGUCGAUGCGACUGGUGUUCCAAACGAUUGAGUGCUGCGAAGCUGCAGCGCAAAGGAUCGUGGGAGUACGUUACCUGCCGUAUUAGCGCGUAA